AUGUUGCGAGCUGCUCGUUUUGUGUCCGUAUUGGCGGGCAUCGCCGCCGCUUGUUGCAACGGGAAUGAUGCCCUCUGCGAGAAGAAGUAUUCCGACGUGACCUUCGUUGGAUCCCACAACAGCGCCUUUGUCGGCAUCACGCCCGCCCAUAACCAAUAUGUAUCGGUGACGGACCAGCUCGACAUGGGCGUGCGGUUUCUCCAGGCCCAGACCCAGAAUAAAAACGGCCAAAUCCAGAUGUGCCACACGACUUGCGUCUUGCUGGAUUCGGGAUCGCUAUCCGAGUACCUCGGGGAUAUCACCUCUUGGAUCGAGGCCCAUCCGCGAGAUGUGGUCACCUUACUUCUCACCAAUAUCGAUGCGAUGCCCGUCACGCAGUUUGGCGACACGUUCAGAGACACGGGUCUGGAAAAGUACGUCUUCAGGCCCAAGGAGAAGGUGGCCCUCGACCAGUGGCCGACGCUCCAGGAACUCAUCGAUGAUGGCACGAGACUGGUUGUGUUCAUGGACUAUCACUCCGACACGAGCAAGGUGGACUACAUCCUCGACGAGUUCCAGUACUACUGGGAGACGCCGUUUGGCGAGACCAACGCAGACUUUCCAAAUUGCAACAUCGACCGGCCGCAGGGUGUCGACCCCAACGGCUACAUGUACCUGGUCAACCACUUUCUCAACAUUGAGCUGUUCGCGGGCAUCAAGAUCCCGGACCAAUUCAAUGCGCCAAAGACGAACUCGUUGCAGUCCAUCGACAAGCAGGUCAACUUGUGCAGAGGGAAGUGGGGACGGACACCGAACGUCGUUCUGCUUGACUGGAUCGACAUCGGCGAAGCGAUCAAGGCACAGAACCAAUACAACGCCUGA